AUGCCACCGCGCCCGAAACCACUGACGCCUGAACAGUAUCUGGACACCGGCGUCAUCCCCAUUGUACCCGCCAGCCUCGCAGACCCUUGUAAUAUCUGCCACCAGCCGUAUACCACGCCUCUCGUACUCGCCUGCGGACACAUAUUCUGUCGCGAGUGCAUAGCGCCGUGGGUCAAAGGCGGAGCGAAUACCUGCCCGACCUGUCGAGCAGAGCUAUUCCAUUUCGCCUCGAGUUCCGACGGCGGAGAUGAGGAAGACAUGAGCGAGCUCUUCGGCUCGUUCGCGCUAUCUUCGCGGCCAGAGUACGCCGACGCAGUGGUGCGCGCAGGAAGGCCUGUGGAGGAGGUCCGUGUGAACGAGCGCGCGGUCGCUCGCGAUGGUAUGCUCAUCCCGUUCGGCUGCCGUCUGCUGAUCCACGACCUGUGGUACCACACGUUCCACCAUCUUUGUUCUCUGCAGACGUUCGGUGGGCGGUCCAUUGGCCGGGAGGAGGCUCGGGAUUGGGACGUUGAGCUGCUGCGCGGGACGAUACGGCGAGCGGUUCCUGAUGGCAUCAGGCUUGGAGAGGGUAGUUGGGCGGUACUGUAUGAUGCUGCGAGGCUGAUGCUGGACUGGCAUGCUAUGGGCCGGAGUGGAGAGGCGAGAUGGAUGGUGGAGGGUGGGGAGGAGUGGCCGCCUGGUGAGGCGUUUGAGGAUAUGGUUGAUGCUCUCAUGGAGGCAGGUGCAGCGGAAGGAGGGAGGUAG